AUGGAAAUGAAUAAAGAAAUUAAAACAUCUGCAAAAUUUAGUUUGAAGAUGUUGCUUGAAGCGGGAACAUCAUCGGCAUUGGCUACGGCGGCCAAUUACUGUCCGAUACCAAGUGUGGGAGCUGUAAAUACUCUGGUUUCUCUAUUGGUGCAGGGAAUUUUAGCGGCUCAAUGUAAUAUUUCAAAUCCUGCGUUGUGGCCUGAGGAUUAUGCUGAGCAGGCUUUGAAAGAGGGUCUGCAGAGUUUUGAUUUUGUGAUAGUGGGAGGUGGUUCAGCUGGCUCUGUGGUGGCAAGUCGUUUAAGUGAAAAUCCCAAAUGGGAUGUUUUGCUGUUGGAGGCAGGUGGAGAUCCACCACAGGAAUCUGAGAUUCCAUGGCAGCCUUCCAUGGUCACCUUUGCCAAUGGCCAUCGCUGGAGUUCGGCCAAAAGUUAUUUGGGUCCGGUUCGCCAAAGAUCGAAUCUCAAGGUUAUUAAAAAUGCCAGGGUCACAAAAUUAAAUUUUGAUAGCCACAAUCAAAAGGUACUCUCGGUGGAGUUUCUGUUAAAGGAAAGGAAGCCAAUGAAGGUUCAAAUCAACAAAGACGUCAUUAUUUCAGCAGGGGCCUUGGAAUCUCCCAAACUGUUGAUGCUGUCGGGAAUUGGUCCGGCUAGAAAUCUACAAAGGCUUAACAUUCCUCUACGCCAUGAUUUACCCAUUGGUCGGAAUUUACAGGAUCAUGUGGUGAUAAAUUUAUAUCUCAAGAUGCCAAGUGGAUCCGACACUACAUCUACUCCAGGUUCCCCGGAUUUGGAUGGUAUAUAUGAGUAUCUAAUGCAUAGCAAAGGACCCUUGGCCUCCUUUCCCACUGGCCAGUUGACAGCCUAUCUGAAAACCCGACCAAAUGGCCCCCGGAAUAUGCACACCUAUUUGGUUGGCAUGAAACGCGGAAGCUUUUCGCAAUUGGAACAAUCCGCCAAAAUAUCGGGACUGAAGGAUGAAAUCAAGCAGUACCUAAGGCAGCAAUUGGAAGUGCAGGAUAUUUUCAUUGUCUAUAUCCUGCUGGCUCAACCCAAAUCUCGCGGUAGUGUAACCCUAAAAUCCUCUUCCCCCAAAGAUCCGCUCAUAAUCAACUCAGGUUAUCUGACAAAUCUCGAGGAUAAGAAGGCUCUAUUGGAUGGUAUUUCAUAUGUCAUGGAUUUAUUGGAAACGGAGAGUUUUAAGAAGAGGCAAAUAGAAUUGCUGGACAUACCCUUGAAGGAGUGUGCAAAAUUCGCUUCAAAAUCCCCUGAAUAUUGGUAUUGUUUUAUGGAGCAUUUCUCUAGUACGGGUUAUCAUUUUGCGGGUACAGUUAAAAUGGGCCCUGUGGGGGAUAAUGCCACAUGUGUCGAUGGGGAGUUGAGGAUAAAGGGUGUCCACAAUCUACGUGUGGCAGAUGCCUCCAUUAUGCCUCAGGUAACCUCGCACAAUACGAAUGGUCCCACCAUUAUGAUAGGGGAAAAGGCGGCGGAUAUGAUUACCAAGAAGUGGGAAUAA